AUGAAAAACAAUAGACCAGAUCCAACAAAUAACAAGGAUUUAUGUCUUGAUAUUAAUCAAGAUGUUAAAUUCAACGACUUCAUUACUUCAAACAAUGAACUGAAACCUUCAAAUCCAAAAUCGAAUUAUACCUUUACCAUUGACCGAGAUACGCUUAUCAAUAAUGCCGAAGAAACUAAACACGCAAAAAGGACGGGCAGCAAUAAGACCCCGCAACCUUUAAAUUCGUUGGCAAUGCAAAGAAACAUUGAAGUGUUCGGCAAAGAUUUCAAGUCUUUUCCGGAAAAACAGCAAGAAGAGGAAUUAAAGGAAAAGGCGGAGCAAAAAACUAGAAAAAAAUUAUAA